CGGUUGUGAAAUACUUAAAUUUUGUUUUUAUAAAAUGAAAUUUAAUUUAAUAAAUAAUUCCUUAUAUAGUGUUAUAUUUCUAAUAUACUGUUCGUUAAAAGUAAAAAGUACGGAAGAUAUAUUCGCUAGCCCCUAUGCUAAACAAAUUCUGAAAUUAUCAAAAGCCGCAGAUAUUAAAGCAUAUUUAAAUGAAAAUAUUGAUCCGUGUGAAGAUUUUUAUACCUAUGUCUGUGGCAAGUGGCCUAUAAUUAAUCCGACAAAUGAAAAUCGCAAAAUAAGAACGGAUAAAUUUCAAGAUAUAUCAAAGGGCAUUGAAAAAAGACUGAAUAGGUUGUUACUAGAGGAAAAAAGCGGAAAAGAUGAUGGUGAAGAUAAAAUCAAAGACUUCUAUGCUUCGUGUCGAAAUGUUUAUUUCAAUAAGGAAACAUAUAAGAAAACUUUGGCGAACAUCUAUAAAGAUUUUGGUGAAUUCUCGGCUUUCAAGACAGAGGAACAAGUAAAUAAUAACAAUUCUAAAUGGUGGGCCACGGUGGCUCGAAUUCAAUAUAAGUACGCAAAGACUAUAAUAUUAUCGGUGUUCAUUUUGGACGAUAUUAAAAACACGUCGAAAACAAUACCCUAUAUAAGUCCACCGGAAUUUAAAUUGGCCAAUGGAGGUGAUAACAUGAUGCAAAAUAUGGAAACCACUUUAAUACGCAAAUAUUUACAGUCGUAUUUGCAUAUGGCUGCAGAAGAUGCCGCUAUCACUGCGCAAAAUAUAAUUACAUUCGAAAAUAAUUUAACAUGGGGUGCCACAGAUGUGCGUCUGGGUAAAAGUGUGGACGAACUGCUAACACUCUACGAUACUAUAGAUUUGAUAGAAAAAUAUAAGUAUUUAUUUGAUGUAAAAGAAUAUUUAGAAAUUGUAUUAGGUACCAAAGAUCUACCAGCACAGAUAUAUGUAUACGACGAAUCUUAUCUGGAGGGUUUACAUGAUAUUUUCAACACCACUGACACUGAACUUGUAGAGGACUAUAUUCUUUGGUUAUUUUUAGAGGAAUUUAUAGUAGAUCUCAGACACAGCGAUUUUCAGCUAGAUUGCAUAGAUCAAACAAGAAAAUAUUUUGGUAAAUUUGUGGAUCAUGUAAUUUACAAUCAAUACCGCAGCAAAGAGUUUGAGAAUGACAUCUAUGAGUUGUGGGAUAAUAUUAAGAGCACACUGAGGCACAAUUUUGAGUCUAAGAAAUAUGAUUGGAUAUCACCUGAGACAAAACAAGAAGCCAUCAAAAAAUUAAAUAACAUGAACUUAAGCCUAAACUCGUACGACAAUGACAAUUUUAUUGAGAUGUUUAAAAACUUGCACAUAGAUCCCUCAAACUAUGUGCUUAAUGUCAAAAAUAUUUUGCAGCAUGCCGAGUCUUUAAGAGAAAAUAAACUGGAGAAGAAAACCCAAGAGGAUACUGAAUUAUUAAGUUACACUCCUGUCUAUAAUGUUUUGGCAAAUAAAAUAAAAAUUCCUAUUUCUAUGCUGCAGCCAUAUUUCAUUUGGGAUCCAGUCUAUCCCAAAGCCAUACAAUACGGCACUUUAGGUUAUCUCAUCGCCCACGAAGUUAUUCAUGGCUUUGAUGACGAGGGUCGUAAUUAUGAUUCCCUGGGAAGAGUUUUUAACUGGUGGGAUGAGACAUCCGCCAAGGAGUUCGAAUUCAAGCGUAAGUGCUUUGAGGAACAAUAUCACAACUACAAAUAUGACGGAAAACCUUUAGCUAAAAGUGUUUUGCAGUCGGAAAAUAUUGCCGAUAAUGGUGGUGUAAAUAUAGCUUACGGGGCCUAUAUGCGUUGGUUGAAUAAGCAAAAACUUUCAAAAUCCCAUGUGGAAGCUAAUGACACCCUACCUCGCUUGCCUUUUAAUAAUCGUCAAUUGUUUUUUAUUAGCUUUGCCCAACUCCUGUGUGAGGAUACACUUUCAACGUUUCGUAGUACCUAUGCUAACGAUGAUAUUCAUGCACCGCCAAUGUAUAGAGUUAUUGGUUCAUUGUCUAACUCUAAACAGUUUAAUUGGCUAUUUAAGUGCGACAAUAGAACAUGUAACAUGAAUCCAACGAAGAAAUGUCAAAUUUAUUAAUAUUUUGUGAAAUUUUAAUAAAUAAUUUUAAAAUAAUCCCACCAAGAGUUAAGAUUUUUUCUUUAUUAGGAGUAAUAUGUUAUCUAGUUAUCUUGAGAUAUUUUGUAAAAAACAGUUUUUUAUGGUUAAUUUGAA